UCCCCAUUGAGCUGUGCGCAUCCUGUGGCCCGCUAUCCUCAGCACUCAAGCCUAAUUUAUUUCAGAGGAGAGACGCGGGCAGGCGGUAGCAGGAGAUAACCAAGAAAUAAUUUCAACAGAUACUUGCAGCCCAUUUUGUUCUGUUGAUAUAUAGAUCUAUAUCCAGAUCUGGGAGGUCAAUUUCAAAGUUAAUUGGAUAAAUAUUAUCAUUGUACCAGCAGUUCGGACAUUUUACUAUUGCCAUUGGGACAUAACGUACAUAAAGUUGAAACUAUGGCGGAUGAUUUAAAUGGAAAGUUGGCACAAGCCUUCAAAUACUACGUUGAAGUCUCGUCAGUUGGCCAGAAUUUAACGGAGGCUGCCAAAAAGGAAAUCAAAGAUAAAGGCAUGAACAAGAUGCUGAAAGAAACGUGUGGUGACCCAGUGGCCAAGGCUUCAGAAGCUCAAGUCUUCCCAAAAUAUUGUGAUAAAAAAACCAAAAAACUCCAUUUGGAUGUAUUUCUUGGAGACUUUCUCGUUGAGCUGGCAGCCACUGUCAUUCAGAACAAAAAGAAGUUGGCAAAGCGACCAGAUUUAACUGAUAGCGAGGUCCUGGCUUUGGCAGCAGAACUGAAAGAGAAAAUAGCAACCAAAGCGGACGCUAAACCUAAGGAGGUCAAAGUCGAUGCAGUUACUGCGAGGUUGACAGAUACCAAGGCUUAUACAGGAACUCACAAAGAACGAUUCGAUGAUUCGGGAAAAGGAAAGGGAAUCGCUGGAAGAAAAAAUCUUGUUGACGAUUCCGGUUACGUCACAGGCUACAAAGGUCAAGGGUCAAGCGAUGAUCAGCAGGGUGCCAGCCCCAGCAAGUGAUGUAUAAAAUAGAAAAACAUCUAACGAACCGCCUUAGAAGCAGCAAACAAUUACAGCUAUAACAUAAACAACUAUAUGGAGCAAUAUCAAACUGACGCAGGGAAUAUAGGCCUAACUCUGAACAUUGUGUUCAUUAUUUGUAGAUAUAAACUCCAUGUGUAAGUGUACUAGGCCAUUUCAUUUUUUUAAAUAUCAUCCAGUGAAUGUGAUUUUUUAAAAAUAUGUCUCAUUAUUUUUGUUUAAAUGUAUAUUUGUUCUAGUUUCAAAGUGUCUACCAAAUGCUGCAGCCUACUUCUAACACUAAGCAUACUUUUAAAAAGUACUUUUGAAAAUUCGAUAAGCUUAUAAUGAUCUCAUAUUCACGUGCAAUGACGUCACCAAACCUCAUUCCAGACUUCAUUUACAUAUUCCUCCACUGGGACCUAAACACAUUGGAUUGUGUAGUUUGAUCGUGUCAAUGUUACUUGGUGUUCCUCUUCUGCUAGUUCGUGUACACAUUUAUAUUCUGCACAUUAUAUUCAUUAUAUUAUAUUCUAGUUGAUUCGACACCCUUUAUUAACACCACAAUGUACAUAAUAGCCCCCAUAUUGAUAUUUUAUUUUAAUUUUGUUUCUUAGUCCAGGGCAGCUUUUCUUUUUUUAAACCAAAGAUUUACUUAUGUCUUCCGUAGAGUUUCUCUCAUGUGUACAUCGACGCUAAGAAAAGCACACACAUAUGUAAAGUUCAUCUUUCCAACAAUGCAAACAAUUUUUUGUAUAGCUAUAAUGGCUAGGCCUAGACAUAUUAGCCCGCAAAGCUGAGUUUCAAUGUAAUUAAAGGCGUGUAAAUAUGGCAUUCAAUACCUUCAUGGAUACCAUGAGGCAGACAUUUCUGAUAUUUCCCCAGUGAUAAUAUAUUUUAUAAGGGUUACAUUUGUCUAAAGGAAUUCGUUUCUAGAUCAGAUCGUCUUAACAAUUAAAUUAUUUGUAGAGAACUAAGAAGUUGUGUACACACACUACAAUCCAUAUAAACCUCGUUUGAUAUAGAUCUUCAUUCCCUCGCUUUUUAUUUUAUUCUUUGACAUUUUGUCUGUUUACAUCGGACGGAAACUGUUACGGUUGACAAGUUCUUAUUUAUUAUUAUGAUUAUUUUUUUACUUUUUUUUUCUCUGAGUAUGUAGAAAGAUAAUUUGGCUUGUCAAUUAAAAGUGUUUAAACCAUAUUUGCUGAACCAGGCUUCAAGAUAUUACUAUGAGAUCACAAUAUACUGCAAAUUGUGAUGGGUCGCAUUACUUCUUUAUUAUUUUAAGUCUGUUGGGCAACCAACUCAGAUGUGCCACUUCAUAACAGUUCAUUGAUAUAAUUAUCUACAAAAUUAUUAUAUAUCUAUUUCCUUAUCAUUUCUAAGUUGUUUUUUUUCUGUCACAAUGUCUUGAAUUUUUUUUUUUAGGAGAUGACUCAAAAAACAAUUAAAUUAAUAUCGCAUAUGAAACAUCUGUCACUGGCCGAUACGUCAGCGGUUCUAAAAAAAGAAAAGAAUGAUCCCUCUUCUUUUCACCAUCAGCUGAACACCCAAGCAUAGUGUAUCUGUUCUAGACUAUACCUUCAACUUUAAGCCUACUUACAGAGCAGGGUUGUUGUAGUAUUUCUUCCACAUAGAUCUAGGGACUAGUUCUACAAAGAAUAAUUACAUUUUUAUUUAAUCAUUAAUAGGAAAACAUAAUGUAGCUUAUUCAUAAUUGACAUUUUUGAGAUUGAUGGGGCAUUUUGCGACACCAAAUUCAUACUAUUUGUCAAGUAUCAAUGUAAUAUUGUUUUAUUUAUUUUAAUAAAUGUCGCCUCUUUGAUAUAUUUCUAAAUGUGUGAAUAGCUUUAAGACUGAGCCAGCUAGGUCAUCAGUGUACAUUUCUCUUAGCCUGUGUGUCUGUUGGAGACAACAAUAUGUACACUUUAAUGUACACUUCAAUAUUUACACUUCAGUAUGUACACUUCAAUAAGCAUUGAGACUACUCUUGUAUCGAUCGUUGUCUAAUUUUAGCUUAAUGAACACAAUUUGUAAACACCAGUCAAGCAUACAUCCUUCAACACAAAACGCGAAAUACUGGCAGGUAGGGGUGAAUUCUCUUUGAGAUAUUAUGGACGCCAUUCUAGUUUGAUUAAUAGAAACAAAUAGAAUUAGAGCCUAACCUGAAAUCGGCGAAAUAUUUAGUAAACUCAAUUUAGAAAUCUUUUAUACACGUUUUUGUAUUUAAAAAUAAAAAUAAUUCUGAAUGCGA